AUGACUACAAACCAGAGCUUAGUGGAUGCCCGCGCGGCAGCAGAAGCUCUCUUUUCCAGCUGCCGGUGCACAACGCUGAGUCAGUAUGAAACCAUCAAGAACGCGGCCAACACAAGCAGCCUGAUCGCGGCGGAGAACAUCAAGCUGUUGAAGUACCUGAACUGCACCCUGGGCCAGGGAAAGCGGGCUGACGUCUGCUCCAUGGCCGCAAGCCACCCGAGCAUUGAUUUUCGUGCGGAAGACUUCGUGAUGACCGCGGACACAGUCUGCACGACGACUUCGACCACCACCAUCCCACAAGGGCCACCACCGGUUUCGAUCAACGUGUGGCUUGAAUUUGAGUCGCAGUGCAGCUGCACCACUGGUCAGAAUGACGCUUGCCUUUACAAGUGUCAUGGGGAGCAGGAGAAGGGUGGGCAGACAUGCUUCACCUACACGAAGCUCGCUACUACAUCCUGGAAGGACUGCAUGAAGCGUGCUUCCUCACUCGGUGCCACGCUCUGCUCUGAGGACUACACCGCCGAUGGUGGCUGGGGCACCCAUCGCGUGGGUAACACAGUGGAUGCUCCUGUUCAUUUUUGGUCUCAUUCCUUCACGGACAUCACCUCCAGCAGGGACUGCAUCGUUGGCAAGCACGACCGGGUCACCGACUUCGACAGGAGCCUUUGCACAGAGACGGUGAAGUAUGACGGCGACACCUGGCAGUACCAUGAUGCCGGCACAUUGUACUACGAUGAGUGCGUCUACUUGGCGAGCCGUGCGGGUGCUUCCGUCAUUGAUCCAUCAACGAUUGGUAUGGGUACUGGAGAUGGCUACUGGUUCUUCACGCGGCAUUCCGGGAAUCUUUACCAAUACUGGACCGGUGCCGAAACUUCCGGCAUGUUCAAUGUCGGAUGCCAGGACCGAGGUGGCCAGAAAGCGUGUAUGUUCGGUUUCAUGGAGGCUUAG